GCCGCGGAGCGCCCAGCCCGGGGCUGAGGCGGCGGCGGCGGCGGCGCGCGCACGCGCACUCGCGGCCCCGCGCCGCGCUCCUCCACAUUCCGUUCCACGUGUUGCUUGUUGUAGGCGCCACAGGUUCCCCACCUGCGCCCGGGCGCCGCGCCCGCAGCUGCGUCUCCCGCAGGCGGGCUCUUAAAGAGCGCGGGGCCGGCGGGCCGCGGGCCGGCGGGGCAGUUCCUCGGACGCCCGGGCGCGCACCCCGCGUCCCCCCCACCCCUAACUCCGCCUAUUCCAGAGCGACGGCGGCUCCCCUGCUUCCCGCCGCCGCUCUCCGUCCUCCGCCCGGCUGCUGCCCGCCCCUGGCGCCCUGGCGGCAGGAAAAAAAACACUCCUCUCUGGGUCUCUUAACUCGACGUGUCCGGAAAGCCCUGGCCAGUUUCCCUUUCGCUCUGCGGCCGCUGCUGUCAGUGCCGCGGCGCCCUCGGACCCGCCGCGGGGCCGAGAGGCUCCCCUUCCCCGAGCACCAUGCUGGACCCGUCCUCCAGCGAGGAGGAGUCCGACGAGGGGCUGGAAGAGGAGAGCCGCGAUGUGCUGGUGGCGGCCGGCGGCUCCCAGCGAGCGCCAGCGGCCCCGGCUCGGGAAGGACGGCGGGACGCUCCGGGUCGCGCGGGCAGCGGCGCCGCCAGACCGGUGAGCCCGAGCCCCUCGGUGCUCAGCGAGGGGCGAGACGAGCCCGAACGGCAGCUGGACGAGGAGCAGGAGCGGAGGAUUCGCCUGCAGCUGUACGUCUUCGUGGUGAGGUGCAUCGCGUACCCCUUCAACGCCAAGCAGCCCACCGACAUGGCCCGCCGGCAGCAGAAGCUUAAUAAGCAGCAGUUGCAGUUGCUAAAAGAACGGUUCCAGGCCUUCCUCAAUGGGGAAACCCAAAUUGUAGCUGAUGAAGCAUUUUGUAAUGCAGUUCGCAGUUACUAUGAGGUUUUUCUAAAGAGUGACCGAGUGGCUAGAAUGGUUCAGAGUGGGGGAUGUUCUGCCAAUGACUUCCGAGAGGUGUUUAAGAAAAACAUAGAAAAACGUGUGCGGAGUUUGCCAGAAAUAGACGGCCUGAGUAAAGAGACAGUGCUGAGCUCCUGGAUAGCCAAAUAUGAUGCCAUUUACAGGGGUGAGGAGGACUUGUGCAAACAACCCAACAGAAUGGCCCUGAGUGCCGUGUCUGAACUGAUUCUGAGCAAGGAACAACUCUAUGAAAUGUUUCAGCAGAUUCUGGGCGUUAAAAAACUGGAACACCAGCUCCUUUAUAAUGCAUGCCAGCUGGAUAACGCAGAUGAGCAAGCGGCCCAGAUCAGAAGGGAGCUUGAUGGCCGGCUGCAGUUGGCAGAGAAGAUGGCAAAGGAAAGAAAAUUCCCCAAAUUUAUAUCAAAAGAAAUGGAGGCUAUGUACAUAGAAGAGUUACGGUCUUCCGUGAAUUUGCUGAUGGCCAAUUUGGAGAGUCUUCCGGUUUCAAAAGGUGGUCCUGAAUUUAAAUUACAAAAACUGAAACGUUCGCAGAAUUCAGCAUUUUUGGACAUAGGAGACGAGAAUGAGAUCCAGCUAUCGAAGUCCGACGUGGUACUGUCCUUUACCUUAGAGAUCGUCAUCAUGGAAGUGCAAGGUUUGAAGUCUGUUGCUCCCAAUCGAAUUGUUUACUGUACGAUGGAGGUGGAAGGAGGAGAAAAACUGCAAACAGACCAGGCUGAAGCAUCAAGGCCGCAAUGGGGGACCCAAGGAGAUUUUACCACUACCCAUCCUCGCCCAGUGGUCAAAGUCAAGCUCUUCACGGAGAGCACUGGGGUGUUGGCGCUUGAAGACAAAGAGCUGGGAAGGGUUAUAUUAUACCCGACGUCUAAUAGCUCCAAGUCAGCUGACCUUCACAGAAUGAUAGUUCCAAAAAAUAGCCAGGAUUCUGACUUAAAAAUCAAGCUGGCAGUACGGAUGGAUAAACCUCCACAUAUGAAGCAUAGCGGAUACCUGUAUGCCCUUGGACAGAAGGUUUGGAAAAGAUGGAAAAAGCGUUACUUCGUUCUUGUUCAGGUGAGCCAGUACACCUUUGCAAUGUGUAGUUACAGAGAAAAAAAGUCAGAACCACAAGAAUUAAUGCAGCUUGAGGGGUACACGGUGGAUUACACAGAUCCCCACCCAGGACUUCAGGGUGGCCAGAUGUUUUUCAAUGCUGUGAAAGAAGGAGAUACUGUCAUAUUUGCCAGCGAUGAUGAACAGGACAGGAUAUUAUGGGUUCAAGCCAUGUACAGGGCCACAGGUCAAUCUUACAAACCAGUUCCUGCCAUUCAGACUCAGAAGCUGAAUCCUAAAGGAGGAAGUCUCCAUGCAGAUGCUCAGUUAUAUGCAGAGCGUUUCCAGAAACAUGGCAUGGAUGAGUUUAUUUCUGCAAAUCCUUGCAAGCUUGACCAUGCCUUCCUCUUUAGAAUACUCCAGAGGCAGGCUUUGCAUCACAGACUCAACGAUUCCUACUCUUGCUUGGGUUGGUUUAGCCCUGGCCAAGUGUUUGUGUUGGAUGAGUACUGCGCUCGUUACGGUGUUCGAGGCUGUCACAGACAUCUCUGCUACCUGACAGAGCUGAUGGAACAUUCAGAAAGCGGUGCUGUCAUUGACCCAACCCUGCUCCAUUACAGCUUUGCAUUCUGUGCCUCUCAUGUGCACGGCAACAGGCCUGAUGGAAUUGGAACUGUUUCAAUGGAAGAAAAAGAAAGAUUUGAAGAGAUAAAAGAGAGACUGUCUUCCCUUUUAGAAAAUCAGAUAAGCCAUUUCAGAUACUGCUUUCCCUUUGGACGACCUGAGGGAGCUCUAAAAGCUACACUUUCCUUACUUGAAAGGGUUUUAAUGAAAGAUAUUGCCACUCCCAUACCAGUAGAAGAAGUGAAGAAAGUGGUCAGAAAAUGUCUCGAGAAAGCUGCCUUGAUCAAUUACACUAGGCUCACAGAAUAUGCCAAAAUAGAAGAGACCAUGAAUCAGGCAACUCCUGCGAGAAAGCUGGAAGAGGUUCUCCACCUAGCAGAGCUCUGUAUAGAAGUCCUGCAGCAGAAUGAAGAGCACCACGCAGAGGCAUUUGCCUGGUGGCCCGACUUGCUGGCUGAGCAUGCAGAGAAAUUUUGGGCUCUGUUCACAGUGGAUAUGGAUACUGCACUGGAGGCUCAACCACAAGACUCCUGGGAUAGUUUUCCUCUUUUUCAGCUACUUAAUAACUUCCUGAGAAAUGACACACUUUUGUGUAAUGGAAAAUUUCACAAACACUUGCAAGAAAUCUUUGUGCCCUUGGUUGUCCGCUACGUGGAUCUCAUGGAGUCGUCAAUCGCCCAGUCCAUUCACAGAGGUUUUGAACAAGAGACAUGGCAACCUGUCAAGAAUAUCGCCAACAGUCUUCCCAAUGUAGCUCUUCCAAAAGUUCCAAGUCUGCCUCUUAAUCUUCCACAGAUUCCUAGCUUUUCUACUCCUUCGUGGAUGGCUUCUGUAUAUGAGUCCACCAAUGGCUCUGCAACAUCAGAAGAUCUUUUUUGGAAACUUGAUGCACUGCAAAUGUUUGUCCUUGAUCUACACUGGCCAGAACAAGAAUUUGCCCAACACUUAGAGCAAAGACUUAAACUAAUGGCCAGUGAUAUGAUAGAAGCCUGUGUGAAAAGAACAAGAAGCGCAUUUGAAUUCAAGUUGCAAAAGGCAAGCAAAACAACGGACUUGCGCAUUCCUGCAUCUGUGUGUACGAUGUUUAAUGUAUUAGUUGAUGCCAAAAAGCAAAGCACCAAGCUCUGUGCUCUGGAUGGAGGACAGGAGCAACAGUACCAUUCAAAAAUUGAUGAUUUGAUUGACAACGCUGUAAAAGAAAUCAUUUCACUGCUGGUGUCAAAGUUUGUUUCAGUGUUGGAAGGCGUGUUGUCUAAGCUGUCACGGUACGAUGAAGGCACUUUCUUUUCGUCUAUCCUGUCAUUCACUGUCAAAGCAGCUGCAAAAUAUGUUGAUGUCCCAAAACCAGGAAUGGAUCUGGCAGACACAUACAUUAUGUUUGUUCGGCAAAACCAGGACAUUCUUCGAGAAAAAGUCAAUGAGGAAAUGUAUAUAGAGAAGUUAUUUGAUGAAUGGUACAGCAGCUCCAUGAAAGUCAUUUGUGUGUGGUUGGCUGAUAGAUUAGACCUCCAGCUUCAUAUUUACCAGCUGAAGACUCUCAUCAAGAUUGUGAAGAAAACCUACAGGGACUUCCGACUGCAGGGAGUGUUAGAAGGAACCCUGAACAGCAAGACCUAUGAUACUCUGCACAGACGCCUCACGGUGGAGGAAGCCACUGCCUCGGUCUCGGAGGGGGGAGGGCUUCAGGGCAUUACAAUGAAAGACAGUGAUGAAGAAGAAGAAGGCCAGUAACACACAGCACUGGCGACAAGAGGAUCUCGGCUUCGAUUUUUGUACCUUGUCCUUGUAAUUACAUUGUUGUCUUGACCAGAUAAACACGCUAGUAUUUCUUUAAAAAGUAAGCCUGGAAGUAGAGUUAAAGGUGAAAUAUCAAAUUUUGUUUGGUUUGGUCGUUUUAAAAAAUCAUCUCUUGUGUAGCUUAACCCAAAAUGAGCCUUGGUUCUGUUUGUGUUUGGAACAUGAAAUAAGUUUUCAGUGGAUUUGACCUUUUUAAUUUUUUGUAAACACACCAAAGUAAUACCCUGUGUGUGACAUAUGUGUUUCUCAUUCUAUAACAUUAUGAGAAGAAGGCACUUUGGGUCACCGUUUCAACUCCCUGGUACCUGUAUUAAAAUGCUGUGUCUCCUCAGGGUGGAGUUCCUGCUCAGGCUUUGUUCUGUGGUUAAUUUGCCGUGGUUGUCAUGUGUAUAAAAUCUUUACCCUUGGCUAUUCGUGCUCCGAAUUGUCUGCAGGAGUCUCCCUCCCCGAAAGGACUGGCAAACCCAAACACAGAACAGGUUCUCUGCUGGGCUUGUGUCUCCGUUUCACUGUGUGCAUCAGGUGUGCUUCCGGGAACAUACCAUAGUCCCCUACUUCUUACAGCUUGCAGGCAAUAAAAAUCGACUUGGUCAAAACAACUUCUCUAUUUAUUAGCAUUGUAUAGGUUAAAUGCAGUAAAAGAUGUCUGCUGUGUUUCAAACA